AUGGCUGACUUCGCCGCAGCUACACCUCCACUAGCUUACUUUGCUGAAAAGUACUGGUCACGACGGACACCUCUCAUAGUCUGCUUAUUGGUACUCAUCGGUGCUCAAAUAAUGUUUAUGGAGGCUCCAUAUUAUUGGUUAAUGUGCCUCGCUCGAGUGUUGCAAGGCAUCAGGUACGUCUCGGCCAUCUACUCGGUCAUAGAGUAUCCACCGACUUCUCUCUUCAGUUCUGCAGCUGUUUGGGUAGUCGCCUUCGCAAUGCUAUGCGAUACAGUGGCCGAAAACCGUCUUGGACGCCAGCUGGGGAUCGUUCUCACCGCUCUCACGAUCGGCUUCUUAAUUGGCGCGCCACUUGGGGGUGUCCUCAAUGAUAAGCUAGGCUAUCGUGCACCUUUUAUUGUUGGUAUCAUCACAUGUUGCCUUGAUAUGGUAGGACGACUGCUCUUUAUCGAGAAGCAUGAAGCCUCGCGGUGGAUACCUUCUGGUCCUGUCUCUGAACAGCCCUCUGAAUCCGAAAAUACGGAUUCUACAUUGAGUGCAAUAAUGUUAGAGGAACUUCACAAACUGACUUUUCAAGAUUUUUUCUUCUCUGCCUGCGUCACUCCAUUUACCGCAGACUUGGCAGCCGCUGCCCGUGAACUCGAUGGCAUAGGAUACGCUCACGUAUUCGGGGCCUUCAAUUUUGCUUAUGCUUGUGCAACGGCUGGCCAAAUAUAUGGUCACGUAAAGCAUGGCUGGACAAUCAUCAUGUGUCUAGCUGCAGGUCUCAUCUUAUUUGGGGCAUUAGCCGCCGCAUGGGGGUCAGGUGAACGACCUUUACUCACCCGACUGGUCAGGUUGGUCAACCGAUGGACGAGUUCCACACCCAAAACAUCGGCCAUUACGUCUGGUACCUUGGAAAAGGGCCUUAAGGGUGAUGCCCUUUCGCCGCGUAAAUCAAACCAACAACCUACAUCCUCGAAUGCUUCCAAAACGUCCUUAUCCGAAUCAGGAUCUGAUAUCACCGAAAAGGUCAUAUCUUCGAAACACGUCUCUCUAUCAGAGACCUCAUUCAAUAAAAUGUCUUCAAGGCCUCCCUCUACAGUCGGGGUGGCUGAAGGGGUUACACCGUCCAGAUCUGAAUCGAUAUCGGAAGUUACCAUGAAUGGAUCGAAGCCCCCAUCCGUGCUUCCUUCUAGUUCGCAGCUUACUCUGGAGGAUAAUUUAUCAGAACUAGGGACCAGUAAAGAGGUUAACGAUGAAUUAUCGCUCACAGAGAGCCAAUCGGUAUCGGAUUUGACUAUACAUGAAGACCCUUCAAAAGAAAUGUCGAACCCAGAGUCCUUGGACCCUUCUCUUCCGUCACCGACCGUAGAGGAGGGCACUGUAGAACCCGUGGUGACAUCAGGGGUCGAAACCGGACAAGAGUCCGCCGCAAGAGACCCUUCACCCAAUUCGGAAUCAUCGACGAAGGAGAUACCGAAAGAAGAUGAGGAUACAAAAAGGACUUGA